AUGUUCCUAAUGAUGAUGAUAAUUGCUGUUGGUGAGUUCCAGUAUACCUUUUCCCAUACUAAUUAACAGGGUGCGGUAGCUGUGAAAAAGGCAAGUUCGAUGCUAGGGAUCAUUAGGAAAGGAAUUGAAAAUAAAGAGUUUGAAAUUAUACACCCUUGGAUCAUGGGAAUCAACAUGUUGACUAGUUUGCAUUUUGCAGAAUAAUAUAUUGCAUUGUGAAUGUUUAAGAAUAUAAAUGCAGCGUCAGUGUUGGUAUACUAAAAUGGCAUGCUUCUUGAGUACUGAAGUCUUGAGAUUUCCUCUUCGUAUCCUAGUUUCUAUGGCAAUUGUUAUUUCGCUUUAUAUCAACAUUUAUAUACCACUUGUUUGUAAUGAAACGUCAAAGCAGUUUGAAAAAAGAAUGAAACAACAAAAUGAUAUGUAACUCCCUUGUUAAAAACAGGUUUUUAAAACAUUAAAAAUAUUUAUAAUCAGCAUUAAGCUGAAAUCUAACACAUGACAGUUUGUACAUGUCUGGAUAAAAAGUAAUGGACCCCUGACAGUUAAGUCCAGUCGCAGACGACUCUGGGGUUGCGGCGCUCAUCUUGCUUUACAGCCGAGGGAUACGGCGUUUGUCUGCAGACAGUUUUUCCGGGUCAUGUGGCCAGCAUGACUAAGCCGCUUCUGGCGUAACCAGAGCAGCACACAGAAAUGCCGUUUACCUUCCCACUGGAGCGGUACCUGACUUUGACGUGCUUUCGAACUGCUAGGUUAGCAGGAGCUGGAACCAAACAACGGGAGCUCACCCCCCUCGCGGGGAUUUGAACUGCCGACCUUCCAAUCGGCAAGCCCUAGGCUCAGUGGUUUAGACCACAGCGCUACCCGUGUCCCACAUAUCUGGAUAGACUUGCCUAAAGAAUAAUGUUUUUAGCAAGUGACAAAAAGUGAAGGUACUCACCUGAUGCCCAUAGGCAGGGGGUUCCAAAGUGUGGGAUAUGGCAGCGGGGAUGCAGGUUAGAGAAGGGUGUGGGUUUUCAGCUCUGCUCACUCAUGUUCCCUUGUAGUAAUUUGCACUCCCCUCUUCAUAUGUGAAUGGAGCAGAUGUGAAGACCAAAUGUGACUUCCAAAAUGAGAUGGGGCUACUGAAAGGGAACAAGUUUAUAUUUUGACCGCAAAGCCUCAUGGUGAACAUGUUUACUAGGAAGUGAAUAUGAGAGUGUGUACAUGGGAUUGUAGCUUCAGGGAACAAAGAGAAGAAGCAAGUGGUCUUUGGAAAGAGGAACAUACUAUGUCACUUAUAAAGAUUUCUCAGGCAUGCCGCAUAGUUUUCUUUAACACUGACUCUUUUCUUUUCUAGCUCAUGAUAUUGAAUAUAAGUUCUGUGUCAUGGAUGACGCUGCUUUGUCACUUGGAGCAAUAGAUGUUUCCUAUUCUUCUUCCUUGGCAGAAUGCACUGUGACUAGAUGUAAACACUCCAGUGAAGAAUGGGUAUGUAAGAUAUAGCUUUCUGUUUUUUCAUACGCACCUUGUUGCUUAAGUGUAGAAUUAUUCUCCCUGUGUUAAGAAAAUCAACUUACACUUCUGCUUAUUUUGAAAAUUAGGAAUGCACCUCAGUACAUUUAUGAGGAAGGGUAGUAAGUUUUUCUGCUGGUGAUAAUCUCUGCUGUGGUGAUAAUCUUUGCUUGAAACAUGAAAGAUUCUCUAUUUGUAACUGUUAAAUAUGAAACAGGGAAAAAAUCAAGAGUUUAAAAUAAUGCAUAAAGAGAUGGGUUUGCACCAUGACUAAUGACUUCGUGGUCUAAAUAAGAUGUACUGUAAUAGAUAUGGGGGAUUUCUGGGCGAUCUAAUGCAGAUUUUAAAAAAUGUGAAGAUGCACACUCUGGACUUGAAAUAGGCAUGAGGAGUUGUUGUUGUUUAGUCGUUUAGUCGUGUCCAACUCUUCGUGACCCCAUGGACCAGAGCACGCCAGGCACUCCUGUCUUCCACUGCCUCCCGCAGUUUGGUCAAACGCAUAUUGGUAGCUUCGAGAACACUGUCCAACCAUCUUGUCCUCUGUCGUUCCCUUCUCCUUGUGCCCUCCAUCUUUGCCAACAUCAGGGUCUUUUCCAGGGAGUCUUCUCUUCUUAUGAGGUGGCCAAAGUAUUGGAGCCUCAGCUUCACGAUCUGUCCUUCCAGUGAGCACUCAGGGCUGAUUUCCUUAAGAAUGGAGAGGUUUGAUCUUCUUGCAGUCCAUGGGGCUCUCAAGAGUCUCCUCCAGCACCAUAAUUCAAAAGCAUCAAUUCUUCGGCGAUCAGCAUGAGGAGUAGUGAAUAGAUAUGUCUGGGUGGAGCAUAAAGAUACUUAUGAAAUGAAGGAGAUGAUGAGAAUUGUAGGGUAGGAAAAAUACCUAUUAUCUAAUAUUGAUGGGUGAGGAGAAGCUUGAGCCUGAAACUCAGAGAUUUGGAGAGAUGGUCAGAGCAAUAAAAGAGAAGGCUAGAAAGAUGAGCUAAAAGUUUAGUGUUGCAAACUGUCCCUGGUGAAAUCAUAGUAAGAAAAGAUAAGAAAUGACUAGGGUUCUUAGAGGGUCUUCACUUUGUUUAUUUUAAUAAAUCUGGGUGAAUAUUAGUCAAAUGCUACCAAUAAAGGUGUGGAAUGAUUACUUUUUUCUGGUUAAGCUUUACCUUUUAUUUGGCUUUCUGACUUUUCUGUCUGCUCUAACCUCUUCAAUUAAGAUCUAGUCAUUUUUGUGUCCCUCUAUUACUUGUAAUUCUUGCUGUAUUUAGAGGCCAGCCCUGGGCACGUGUACUCAGAAAUAAGCCCAUGGGAUUGUCAUGGGACUCCCAAGCAAGUGUACAUAGGAUUGCAGCGCUUGUUUGUUUUUAUGCAUUUCCCCAUCACACUAUAUGUUUAAAAAAACUUACCAUAUGUGGUAACUUCUCCCCUGCAAAUCCUACAUGUGAUCUUAACAAAAAAACACCCAAACAUACUUUCUAUUUUGUCAUCAUGCAAUGUUGUGCAAAUGGAGCUUAUUUAAUGUGCAGGAGGGUUGUAACAUGUUAGGACAUUUGGCAUUUUACAAGUGUAUCUAUACAUCUUGCACAGUGGUUGGAAUUUUGGGAUUUUAUAGGCACGGAAGUUUUGGCCUUGGAUCACAUCUUGUUAUUAAAAGAUUAACCUUUAGUCAUGUAAUUGGGUAAUAAACUUUGGCUAGGUCAAGACUUAGAGUCUGAUCUGUUUCAGCAAGAGGAUUAUGCUUGCACAGGAAUUUCUGUUGAAGUCAGUGUGUCUUUUAAAGGGUUCGGCGCUCUCUGUUUCAUAUAUUGGAAAUAGUGUAUGGACUUUAAUGUGCUAUCUUCACUUACUGUAUUUUACUGUUUUCUAGGGAGAGUGCAAUUCUAGGCCUACUGUCUUCCGAUCAGCCACUCUGAAAUGGAAAGAGACCCUACUUGGCCGGAAUCGGCCCUUUGUGGGGCGCUGUUGCUAUGUAUGCACUCCUCAAAGCCGGGUAAAUUAGAUUAUAUUGGUAACUAAUUGAAACACACUUUCCAUGUAAUAACAUUCACAGUAGCUGGCAUCUAAUUGUUUCAAUUCAGAUUCUACUUUGUCACAGUUGGUUUGUGUUCCGUGUCCUUGUUUUAAAGAAAGGCACCAUAAUAUAUAAACUCUGCGGUCCUUAUGAAGCCAUGACUGGAAAUGGAAGACAUGUUUCUCUCUUAACUUUCAGGACAAGCUCUUUAAUGCCAGUAUCCCUUCUUUGGGCCUUCGAAAUGUCAUCUAUAUUAAUGAAACACACACAAGGUAAGCCUUCUUCUUUUUGUAUACUUAAUGCUACUGUUCACAAAGCAAUUGCCCAGUUUGCAUGUCACAUUAAGCCAUAGCAUAAAACAAACUAUGUUGGUUCAUAUCACUGUUCAUUCAUAUUAAGCCCAGGAUGGAGAACCUCCCACUCAUGGGCCAAAUCACACCCAUCAAGGGGCCUGAAAUGGCCGGUGAGGCUGUUCUCUCCAGUUCCCCAGCCAUGCUCACGUGCUGCUUACCUGACAUAUUGCAAUUGUACUUUGAAUUGUUCCUUGGCAAGCACAGACUGCAUUUUGUGCCUUUUAAAUUGGCACUGAAGUUGAGCUGAUCCCUGCAGAAAGUGGGUCUUAUUAGAUGGCUCUAAAUUUAAAUUCCUGGAAGGCUGCAAGCCCUGCUUUCAGUAGGAAUCCCUGUUUCAAUCCAGAUUUUUAAAUGAAAAAAUGUGCUUCCUAUUCUGCAUUUGAAGUUGAAUUGCCUAAUGUCAUGUACCAUCUGGUGACUGAUAGGUGGGCAGUUCCGCCCACCUCUCAAAAGUGGAUAUGGUAUGCAACUUGGAUUCUGUUCCUCACACCUAAAGUACAGCAUAGGUUGUUUUAAACAGUAGUUAAAUGUGAUGUGUGAGCCAAGCCAAUAUGUAUUGUAUUAUUGUUGGGGAUAAGCAAGAAGAAUGAAAAUCAAGAUGUGUUAACGUUGUUCUUUCACUGAAUUUACUUCCAGAAUAGGCUACGUAAUGGCUUGCAGCUCAUACAUACAUACUUGAGAGUGACUUAGAGCAGAGCUUUCUGAACUGUGUGUCACGACACAUUAGUGUGUCGACUGCAGUGUGUAGGUGUGUCGCACAAACGCUCCCCGCAUGCUUCCCAGGGCUGGAAAGGAGUUAGUUUAACCUCCAGUUUGCUAAUAAAGCUGAAUUACCAUGUCAUAAAAUGAUGCAUGUCUAAAAAGUGUGUCACCAACAUGAAAAGUUUAGAAAGCUCUGGCUUACAGUAAUGAGAAACUAUGAGUUCACGUGCUGUACUCAUUGUGGAAUCACAAAUGUACAGGUUGAGCUUGCACUACUGACAUAAAUAGAUGUUGCUGUCAACUAAAAAGCAGGAUACACAAAAUGUAACUGGGUUUUUUGUCAGCCAAAUUUUCUACUAGCCAGUUGUGAAGUUCACUCCUACGAUGGUACUGCAACAAUAUUGGGUACAGUUUUUGUAACAGAUACUGGUUUCAUCAGACUUGAUGAAAUUGUGUAUUAGUAAAUCCAGAUAGUAAAUCUUAUUUAUUAUGUGACUUUUGACUUUCAUCUACACAUUUUAAAUACUUUCAUCUCUGAAUAUAUGGUGAUUAUAAACAAAGAAACAAACUUAAAAUGCUGCACAACUUUUUUAUUUUUUUGGUACAAAACCUGGAGUGUUGGAAAGAAUAGAUUUUGAUCGGUAAGAGGUAUAUCUCAUUCUCUGACCAAGAAAACAUGUAACAGAAGUGAGGAAAGAAUUACAAGUUUUAGCAAGCACCAGGUUGGCAAAGGAUGGCCUAUAGCAUUUUUCUUUCAAGCUAAAUUACUGGAACUUGAUCCCCCAAAGGGCAUAGUAAAGCCACUCGUAAGUUUCUUUCUAAUCAAAUCUUAUUGUAAAACCAGAUAUCUAUUGGAUUGUAAGAAUAUAGACAUACUUUUGAAUGAAUAAAUUGCUGGAUACCUAAUUUAAAGUAGCUUUGAAAGUUCCAGACUUUUAUUAAACAACAGCAGCAGCAAAAUGCAGUGUUAGCACAACUUAGAUUUUUCUUUUGUUCUCUUUAGUAGACAGUCAUAUUAAAAAAGGAUUUAUGUAUUUGGGACUCUAUUCACAGAGAGAGUCUGUUAAAUAGUACAUUUAAAAAUAGUACAUGCAAAAUCAAUACAUUAAUGGGCUGUAAAACAUUUGUUGGUUGCAAAUGCAAUGGAUUUGAUCCUCAGAAUUCCAUCACAUUUUAAGGUUUGCAAGCAUCUACUUACCAAUAUUUUCUGGUACUAGGCAGCCAUCAAUAUGAUUUUCACGUUGUAAUGGCUUUGAAGGCCAUUUAGAUUUGAAGACUGUGUCUUCAUUUCAUUCUUAAAGGAACCUUAACCAUGCAUUAAAGCAAGGGUGGCAGACAUGUGACUCUCCAAAUGUUAGUGGGCUCCAACUUUCGACACAGCCAAGGGUCAGGAAUGAUAGGAGUGACAUGUCAGGGGCCACAAGUGCCCCAUUCCUGGAUUAAAGGAUAGAGGAUUGGCUCUAGUGGUACCUAUGGAUGAGUGGAAAGGCACUUCUGGUCAUGCAGUGCAGCUUCCCUACAUUCCACCCUCUAUCUUCAUCAUUGCCCACAAUUCUGUAAGAUUUCCUUAUGCUCAAGCAGUUACUGGGAUAUGCUGCCGUCAGCAAGAGAAGUGGGUAAAAUCCAUUGCAGGAGCAGAACUUUGCUUGCAUAUCUCUGAAUUAAUUACAUAAUCUGAAACAACUCCUAGACCUUUAAAUGAAAAAGUCUUCUAAGUGGAAAGUUCAAACCCCAUAAUACCUGUUCAUAUUCAUUUAAAAUACACAUGUACAUGAUUUUUUAUUGAAGUGCAAUGAUGUCCAAGGUGAGAAUUUGUAUUUGCUUGGAUUGGUUAAUAUAAUGUGUGGCUUUGGGGUCAAUAUCUGAGGAGUAUCUUUGGGGUAACAAGUAUCUGAGAAUAAUUUAACAGCCUAAUAAACAAAAGCUUGGAAGGAAGAUUGCUUUAAUAUUUUCUUUUUCAUACUGUGUAAUACAUACACACUUGACCAAACUAGCCUUUAAACAAAAAAAGUGUUUGCUUUCACUCUUAGCCUCACCAAUUUCUGAUUGACUCCUACCUAUUUAAUCAAUUAACCAAUUAAAGUUAGUUCUGAUAGGGACAUGAUUGACAAUAUUGAAUGCAAUAUUUCUCAUGGUUGUGUUUUGCUAAGUUACUGUGUAUUGUUGCAGGCACAGAGGUUGGCUUGCCCGGCGACUCUGUUAUGUUCUUUUCGUGCAAGAACGGGAUGUUCAUAAGGGUAUGUUUGCAAAUAAUGUGACAGAAAAUGUGCUGAAAAGCAACAGGUAAGAAAUUAAAAUACCAUUGUUUUUUGUAAAGUUCCAUUGUCAAUACAAUUUAUUGGGUUUCUUUGGAAAAGAACUGUCCUUUUUGAGAAAUCCCAUUUUUAAAUCAAUGAAGCCGAGUUUGCUACUAUUUAUGCCCAGUGCCUGAUAUUUUAGAUACUUGUUUCCACAAUUUUGGAAUCUGCAGGCAACCAUUAUGAAGGCAUCUGUGUAUAAUGUGUCAAAUUGUGUGACAUAUAAAGUUAAUUUGAGUUGUACACCAGCUUUUCUAUUCCAGCCUUCCCCAACCUCUUGCCGUCCAGAAGUUCUAGACUACAACUCCUAUCGGCUCCAGUCAACAUGGUCAGUGGUCAAGGAUAAUAGGAGUUAUAGUUCAUCAACAUCUACAGGUAUCAGGUUGAGGAAGGCUGUUUUUCAGUGACUAGUUACUGCUCCCCAGAUGCUGAAGACUUCUAAAAUCUUUAUAGGCGUUAUACUGGCUUUACACUGAGAUAUUUUGCCUUGUGCAUUUGAGGUAUGUGUAUAUGUGUGUGCUUUUCUACUAGGAAAGUGUCACUGUACUGGAAUCUUAAUUUAAAAAGUACUCAUGAGUAAAUAUAAUUGCACUACAAGUUCCCCUACAUUCUGUAGCUAUACGUUCUGUCUGUCUGUCUAUGCAUCUCAAAAACAGGUGAAAUAUCGAGCUUAUUUUAAGAAUCAUCUUACUUUAUUUGUAACACCUAGAGUGCAGAAUGCUAUUGAACAGGAAGCUUCAGAAAUGUCUGCUGUGAGUGGCUCUGGUCAGCCAGACCCCAGAAACGUCAACAAGGUCAAGAAGCAAGCUAGAAAAAUUCUGCAGGAAAUGGUAGCAAAUGUCUCGCCUGCUUUGAUCAGGUAAUGAAACUAGAUCAUGGUUGCUGAUGUCAGGGGGUGCUGAAAUACAACCUGUGUUCACAUGGAGAUAACUGUUUCUAGUUGCCUCAGAUUUCUGCUUCUCUUAUCUGUUGUGUAAGCUGAACUCAAAGGCCUGGUAUUUGCCCUUGAAGAAUAUAUAGUGUGUGUGUCUUGCUUCAUAGUCUAAUACAGACUUUUCCAUGAAACAAAAUAACAUUUUGUCAUAAAUGAAUUUCAUGUUAUCAUCGCAAAGUUACUCUCUGCAUUUUCAAACUGGAUGUAAACUUCUUGCUACGUUUACUAAGGCUGCAACAACUGUUGUCUGUUUUUUUUUUAAGAAACAACCAGUUUGUUUCAUAUAGAAUUUUUGCAACUGUUGCACAUUUUUCAUUACUGCUGAUUUAGUUGCUUCUGUUCUGUGUUUCUACAGUAGUGUCAGUUUUAAAGGCAGCAUGUUUCUGUGUGUAUGCUUCUCUUAUAUUGUUUCAUGCUGCUUGAAACUAAAAAUGUAUAUAAAACAUGAAUACUAUUAUAUGGUGGCUCAACUUUUAUUGCCCCUUUUAGGUUAACGGGAUGGGUGUUGCUGAAAUUAUUUAACAGCUUUUUUUGGAAUAUCCAGAUUCACAAAGGCCAGUUGGAGAUGGUGAAAGCAGCAACAGAGGUAAUAAAAUCCCUGAGGCAAAAAAAAAAUCCCUUCAGAGGAGAAAUAUGACAUUGUUCCAUUUCUAAUAUUGUUUGGGCCUUACAGGACCCUUUUAACAAUUUGGCAAAAUAAAUCAAUCUUAGCACACUGGAAUUCAAUCUGAAAAGAGUCAAUAUGGGCCAAAUUCACCUAGAUCUAAUUACUGGAGUUAACUGUGCUUAUUUUGGAAUGAAAUCCAUUUGUCAAGAGUUGUGAAAUACAUAUGUGCAUUUAUUAUUUACUAAAACCAACCACUCUGUAGCCAUAGAUAAUAUCCUUAAAAGUCCUUUUCUCAACUAUGGUAUGUUACGUAGUGUUUGCAUACAACUGUAUUCAGUGAAAAUAAAAGGUUGCACCUAAUCAGAAUUAUUUGGGGGAUACUUUUUAUAAUACAAGUGCCUCCUGCUCCUCACCUCUACUCACCCCAUGCUGGCAAUUCAGAUGUUUUGCAUAAAGAGUAGAAAGUGUACCUACCAGGCCUGCAUUACUUGUCAAAAACACAUUUUGACUUUUAAAAAAUACAGUUUUAAAACCAGAUUGUUUGGGUAUUUAUAUAAUUGCUUCUUUUCUUCUUCUUACAGCUGAAUUUGCCGCUUAUAUUUCUACCUGUUCACAAAUCUCAUAUUGACUACCUGCUUCUCACGUUCAUUCUUUUCUGUCAUAACAUCAAAGCACCGUACAUUGCUGCAGGGAAUAAUCUGAAUAUCCCCAUUUUCAGGUAAUGUUCUAUUCAUGUAUACUUUCACUUUGUUCAUUUCGGCCAUGUGGAUUACUGUAUCAAAAUCCUAGCUAAAUGAACCUUCAUAUGCUGGCAAAUAAAUUUGGUGCUUACCUUGCAGUGCCCCAGUAACUGUCUUGCUUGUUUUAACACUUGGCCUGCAAUUGGUGGAAUAAUUUUAUAUUGGCAAAGGAAUCCAAUUAAUAUGCCAGUAGUGGUCAUAUUCUUGCAUUCUAAUGUCAUUAUUAGCAUAUAAAAAAAAAUGCACUCAAACCAGUGAAGGCUUUGGCCCCAAUCCUUAGUUGCUCAUAACGCUUGGUGGUGCCUGGUACAUUUUCCCAAGGUCAUCAAAAUAAGCAUUCAGUUAAUUUAGUGAGCUUCAAAGGUGUGUAAUUCUUGACCGUUAAUGGAGCAGAAUGUUUUCAGCCAUAGAAAGUGAGGCAAAUGUAACUUCCUUGAUAAAAGGUGUAUCAGCAGAUAGGCACACGUCAUGUUUAGAUAUGCUGUAGUCUGCUUCAUGUUCAUAUAACACAAGAUAAUGUAUGUGGCACCUUCUAUUUAUGAUUGCAAGUCCUGGUGGUGAUAUUAUGUCUAAUAUUAUGCAUGCUUAUUUGGAAAUAAGUUUCAGUGAGUUUAGGGACCCAAUUAAGUGGAAAUAGGAUUUUAAUCUCUGAAAUGGUAGACGAUUUAGUCAGAACAAUCUUCUAUACUGUAGUUUCAUUAAAUUCUAUAGUAGCCUUUUAUUCAGCGUUAUAUGCUGUUAUUAGGUAUAAAUAAUAGAGAGCCACAAUUUUAAGUCACAAAAUGUUAGGCCACAAAUUUUUGGCUAGAUGGGAGGGCCUUUAUACAAAUAGUUGUGUGACUUGAUCUUUUUCUUCCCCAUUUUUCAUUGAUCUGACCAGAAUAAUUGGUUAGAGUUGCGAACACUGUAAGAAUUUUAUGUGAAAAUUGUGAGCCGCUUUGCUAAUUUUCUGUUAUCCCAAUGUAUACCAUACUGACAUUUUUGUUUGUUACUUCCUUAAAUUUUCACCUGUUUAUAUUCUAAGGCAUAGGAGGGACUUCAGGCUUGUUUUAUUUCUAUAUAUGUAAUAUUGCAAUCUUUACCAGGCCAAAUAAAUCUUGUCUGGUUGAACCAGUAAAGAUCUCUAGUACAAGGCAAUUUUAAUAACAAAAUUGUGGUGUCAAAACUUUUCUUAAUUUAGCCUUUAAGAACAAGUGACUUAGGAAAUAAUUAGUAAAUUGUGUUCUGAAAGUAAAGUUGUUUAAAAACAGCUGGAGCCAAAAUUAUACCGCUUUGAAAAACGUAUAUAUUGGUAGUCACCAUAAAAGGAUUUCUACGAAGCCUGUUGUCCCUAAUUUCUGUGUACUGGAGAGCUUGUGCUCAUAUAUGGACUACCAACAUUUGUCUGCGGUACCACAGAACUCAGGGACGUGGGUGGCACUGUGGGUUAAACCACAGAGCCUAGGACUUGCCGAUCAGAAGGUCGGCAGUUUGAAUCCCCGCCACGAGGUGAGCUCCCGUUGCUCGGUCCCUGCUCCUGCCAAUCUAGCAGUUUGAAAGCACAUUAGAGUGCAAGUAGAUAAAUAGGUACCGCUCUGGCAGGAAGGUAAACGGCGUUUCUGCGCGCUGCUCUGGUUCUCCAGAAGUGGCUUAGUCAUGCUGGCCACAUGAUCCGGAAGCUGUACGCCAGCUCCCUCGGCCAAUAAAGCGAGAUGAGUGCCGCAACCCCAGAGUCGGUCACGACUGGACCUAAUGGUCAGGGGUCCCUUUACCUUUACCUUUUUACUACAGAAUUUAAUGUGUAGCUUUCUCAUGCAGACAGAUCAAUCAUUGAGUUGUAUGGUUAUAUCACACUGUGGACACAACAGCCUAUGCUAAUGUUAACAUUCUUAGCCUUUUAAUAAAAAAGGGUAUUUCUUUACCCAUAGCACUUUGAUCCACAAGCUUGGAGGGUUUUUUAUACGGAGAAAAUUGGAUGAGAGGCCCGAUGGCCGUAAAGAUAUUUUGUACAGAACCUUGCUGUAUGUGGUAUGUAUCUUUUUCUUAAUUCAAGGCUUAUCUCUGCAAAGUAUUUGAAGAGCCAGGCCACCAUCUCAGGCUUGAUUGUGGGGUGUGCAGGUUUGUGGCAAGGUUCAACAGUUAAAUAGCAAAAAAGAAGAAGAGGUAGCAUUUUAAACGUCUUAAUAAUUAGGAAUUAGCUGCAUCUAAACGUGUGUGGUGUAAGAUACAGUUGAACAGGGAUGGGGAGUCUCUGGCCUUCCAUAUGUUAUUGGAGUCCAACACCCAUCAAGGAUGGAUGGAAGUUGUGGUCCAGAGGCAUCUGUAAGACUGCAGGUUCCAAUAUAAUCUGGAGGGUGUUCUUUAUAUUGGCAGUAGGUGGUGGGAUAUGCCCCUUUGAAGAAAAAGAAUGCGGAAUUACUCUGUAUAUUGUUUAUUAAUUGCCUUCCACAUAUAUGUCUUAAGGCAAUGUACAAAAUAUAAUAAAACCAGUUAAAAAUAGAGCAGAAAAUAACAGCAAAUAACCUUUUUAAAAACAAUACAGUGCUACCUCAGGUUAAAGACGCUUCAGGUUACAGACUCCGCUAACCCAGAAAUAGUACCUCGGGUUAAGAACUUUGCUUCAGGAUGAGAACAGAAAUCACGCAGCAGCAGUGGGAGGCCCCAUUAGCUAAAGUGGUACCUCAGGUUAAGAACGGACCUCCAGAAUGAAUUAAGUUCCUAACCCGAGGUACCACUGUAUAAUACAAAGCAAACAUGUUUUACACAAGUUUGUGAUGCUGUUAGUGUUGUUGUGUACUGUAUGGAGCAUCUGCAGAAAUGCCUGUACCUCAGAUACCGAAGCAGUCUCGCACAUUUGAAUACCCUUAAUUGGUAGUCCUUUUAGCGGAUGUCAAGGACACCUAUAAACUUGCAGCACUCAUUGUCCUUCUAUGUUACUGUGUAAUCCCAAUAAAACUAAUGGGAUCACUGCGCAUGGACUAGAAUUAUAUUGUGCAAUGCUGGGCUUGGUGCCACCUACUUUGCUAGAAAUCCUGUGUAGGUUCUCCAGUGUUUCAAGUCUCAGAAACUGGUUUAAAAGGGGUGUGUGUGUGUGUGUGUGUGUGUGUUAUACACUUUCUUCUGUUUCCUGGAAAAAACUGACUUUCAAAGAAAAUGAGGAUUGAAAACCUGCCAGUGAGUUUGGAUGCUCCUGUGAAAAAGCACUCACACCCCUUCCUUUAAGAAAGGAAGUGAUUUCUGAAUAUUUGGGAGAUUCUUUAGGUAUGCAGCAAUAUAAUAGUUUGCAAUUACGUACAGAACAACAAUAUAGUUGUUUUACAAAUACUUAUUGGAUUGGAGGAUUAGUGGAAUUCUGGUGGAUACUGAGCCACAGUACAGUGAGGGUGUCAGCAGGAAGAAAUAAUUAAAAAAUGCAGCAAGGGAGGAUAUUAUUACAGAUAUAAAAGAGGAAUGCAAAUAACUUGUGUCUGAUUUUUUGGUUGUUGUUCAUUCUUCAUUUAGCAUAUCCAAGAGUUGCUUCGCCAGCAGCAGUUCUUAGAGAUAUUCCUGGAGGGCACCCGGUCCCGGAGUGGAAAGACAUCCUGUGGAAGGGCAGGCCUUUUAUCAGUAGUGGUGGACGCUCUGUAUUCAAAUGCUACUCCAGACAUCCUAAUCAUACCCGUGGGAAUAUCCUAUGAUAGAAUCAUUGAAGGCCACUACAACAGUGAACAGCUGGUAAAAGUGUUUGGAAUGCUAUUGUCCGCUCAGCAGAUAUUUAGAUCACUGUCAGUUGUAACCAUCUUGGUGAUAAAAAUGUGUCCCCUUUGGUCAGAAAGCAGGACCUUGGAAACAUAAAUUGCAUGCUGAUCUUCGCAAAUACUUAUUUGUAGCAAGUCGAGAUACAAGGGAAAAUGACAUCUGAAUAAUGAUUUUCAUAAACAGCAUUUGAAAUAUCCAAAUAGAUGUCUGGCUUAGAGGAAAUGGCCCAAGUGACCACAAUGCUUUUUACGAUGCUUGAGCUGUUGCCCAGAUUUAUUUCUGAGCGUACUUAGGUGGCUUGGAUUUAUGAACUUGUUUAACAUUAAGUAGCUUUUAGAUGCAAUUGUUGAACUGCCUUGCUCUCCCGAUGUUUCACAGGGGAAGCCCAAGAAGAAUGAAAGCCUUUGGAGCGUGGCCAGAGGAGUCUUCCGAAUGCUGCGGAAGAAUUACGGCUGUGUUAGGGUAGAUUUCGCUCAACCGUUUUCUCUGAAAGUAAGUUCAUAUAAUAUGAACAUAAUUUCUUAUUGCAGAGUUACAACUAUGGUGAUAAAAUAUUCUUAAGACUAUAUGUCACUAGGCAAGAAAGAAAAAUUGGACUUCAUGUGAACUUCCGUUCUGUCUUAGUCAGCCUGGCCCAGUGGUCUGUUCAGCUGUGGAUCCUAGUCCAUUCAGCGAUACCUGUCCCGUUUUCUUGCAUGCCUUGUUGGUUCCUUCUUCCAGAGCUACCUGUGGAUGUAUUUUCCUACAUCACCCCUUUCUUACUCAUACUGUUUCAUUGCACUUUGGUAUCUGACCAUAAAGUUGCUUCAAUGGAGUAGUUUUACCGACCAACAGAUUGAAGCUAUCUCUCAAUGUGGGGAAGAGAAAUGAUUGCUUGCCUCCUGAUUUCAGAAGAGCUUAAGUCUUCUUACCUAUGAGCACAGGAGAACUCAUUUCUCUCCAUCACUAGGACAGAAUGGAAACUCGUGACCAGUCCAAUUUUAUACUUGAAAUUUUGUCAGGAUAUAUAAAGGUAAAGGGACCCCUGACCAUUAGGUCCAGUCAUGGCUGACUCUGGGGUUGUGGCGUUCAUCUCGCUUUAUUGGCCGAGGGAGCCGGCGUACAGCUUCCGGGUCAUGUGGCCAGCAUGACUAAGCCGCUUCUGGCGAACCAGAGCAGCACAUGGAAACGCCUUUUACCUUCCUGCCGGAGUGGUACCUAUUUAUCUACUUGCACUUUGACGUGCUUUCGAACUGCUAGGUUGGCAGGAGGUCAGGAUAUAUAGCAGGAAGUUAAAAAAGAGGUUUGUAAUUUCAUGGAAAAAAAUAAUGCAUGCAUAGGAUCUAAAACUGUUGAAUUGGUUGGAUUGGCUGUGUUUGUCACACCCUACCACAGAUUCCAUCAUACGUGUUACUGUUAGAAGUUUUUAAUAGCAAUAAAGCUGCUGAAGAAUGCAGAGAUAAAUCUUUGAUUCUACAGUUAAAAUAUAAUUCACUUACAGCUGAAGGAUAACAGCACUUAAGAUGCACCAACUCUAAUAGUACAGAAGAAGAUGUCAAAAAAGGUGCUAAUAUUACCAGUUCUGCAUAUCUAGUGUUGUAGUCUUUAGCUAGUUUCCAAAAAAGAUUCCACAGAAGCCGUUGGUCUUACUUCUCCACUUCCAGCCAUAAACCAAUUUUGUGUACGUUGUUGAAUUGUACAAAUAUAUUGGUGGAUUUGAUUUCCAGGGGGCUAAUAAUAAACAAAUUAGAAUUCUUAAGUAAAAGGAAAUCAAUGGGAUGCCAGUCAGGCCAUCAUGUACUUUCGUUGCCUGAGAAAUGUUGGCUCACCAAGGAAUGUGGUAUGUGCUAAGAAAAAAGCCGCUUCGUGUCACUUUUUCAGCUGAUGGAAAUAUGCAGGGCACUUCUAAUUAAGUUUUAUUGCAGCGGUGUUCCUGACAGGUAGCUUUGUAUGCAUAAUUUAGCAAGCCAGUAGAACAUAAUCCCCUUCUGUGUUCAGAAAUUCGAAAUAAGUGCAUAUUGCUUUAAUUCCAGUACCUCCUAUCAUUUACACAGGGAUAGCUUCAGGAUUUAUUUCCUUAAUGAGUUCAUAAAUAAGUCAAUUUCACUGAGAUAGCAAGGUCUCAUAUCCUAUAAUAUUAAUUACCAGUGGCAUAUAUUUAUUCUUCUCUAUUCUUUAUUCAUAUAAAGGUGUUCUCAUAACUUCUUCACUUUAGAAAGCCUUAAUUCUAUUACAACUCCUACAUGCCUAAAAUUGGCUUUAUCAGCACACCCAGCAAGCUAUACAUAUGUUUCAACCUGUGUGUAGUUGGAUAUAAUGGGUGUUAUCCAAUGAAGUCCUUCCACUAGCAAGGGUUUCUUCUUAUGCAACAGAACUUCCCUUCCCUCUCCUCUGCCUGCACAUCCUUGUGCUCUCCCCAGAUCUGUUCUGGAGGACUGGCUGAAACCCCAGAACAGAUUCAGAGGGACGCAGGGGGAGGAGAGGGAGGGGAAGUUCUGUUGCAAAGCCCAAAAGUCCUUGCACUAGCAAAACUUAUGAAGAUACUGCCCAGUAUCAUAUUAUAUUUGAAAAUACUUAGUUGUACAGGUGAUAGGCUUUGUAACUAUUGCUUCACAUCCAUGCCCACUUUUCUUAGAUUUACUUGUCUUUUUGCAGUUUGCUUGCCUUUCAGUGUAACCUGUAAAAUUUUAUACGGUAGCCUCUUAUAGCAGUCCCAGGCCCAAAAUCUUCAGACUCUUCCUUUGAUCACUUCCAGAUAUGUUCUACUCCCAAUUCUGUAUCUCUGUUUUCAUCCUGGGUGGGUUUAAUAUAUUUUGCAGAAGGGUUAUGGCUAGCGUGUCAGUCAAUUGACUGACUUGUUAAAUAUUGUCAAUUAACCAGUUAGUUUACUGCCUGUUAUUUGACUGUGGUCAGAUUCUCCAUGAAGCCAAAGAUGCCACAGUCUGGGUGGCUUCACUACUUUUAAUUGUAGCGUCAUUUGCUAGCAGGGACAGGACUGAGGGCUGUGUUCCCCCUUGUAUUGCAGUGAUUGGGGACAAAGAUUUCCCAGCUAGCCACCAGCUGUAACUACAGGCUUCUCUGAUCAGAAAUGGGAACUUUAGCAGUCAUUAGUGGCAAACCUCUUUGCCUUGGACUGCUCACAACUCAGUCUCGCUUGCUGCAGGAACCAGGAAAUGCCCCUUUGCCCCGUCAGCUCUGCAAAGAUCCUGUGGCAGAUUGGACUCAGAUCUGGAAACUGUUUAACUUCUGAAACUGCUUAACGUUUUUAAAAGUUAAUCAUCAUUGUGAAAUUAAACUAGGAUGUAUAUCAAAGCUGUUGAUGUUUAAAGUGUGCAAACUUGUAAUAAAGGUUAAUGCUUUAGAAAUAUUUGACUGUGUUUUCACCAAUACCUCAAAUGCCCAAGACUUAGAUGAAGCUAUGGAGCCUUAUCUGGAGUAAGAUUAUAUUGUCUUGAAUGUGUAUCUUCAUGGUGCAGUGCAUGCAGUGUUGUGAAAACAAAUCUAAAUAAGCUAUUUAGUAAAGGCGGCAAUAAUAGAGGCAUUUUGGUUGUUAGAAACUGUGUUUACAUACAUAGUGACAGAACCACUAAUAGAGAACAGAACUGUAGUUCUGUUACCACAGAUGUGGAUCACCCUAGCAUUUCUCUUCCAUCUUUUCAAAGAAGUGUGGUUUUGAUGUGUGCAGUGACUUAAUACAAACGUAAUGAUCAUUUGGAGCAUCUUCACUACUAUCGUUCCAGUGGGUGUCCUUUUAUUACCAUGUUGUUGUUCUUCAUCAUAUCACCAUGUUGUUUCUCAUCAACCUUUUAAUCAGCACAAUAGUGCCUCGGGGCUACUCAUACUGUUUAGAAUAUCCAUGCAAUAUUACUUAAAGACCACUAAUUUUAAAUAUAUUUUUUUAAAAAUAGGUUGCCUUUCUUAUGGCUGUCAUUUUAGCACCUUCCUCCUCCUCCUCCUCCUGCUCCUUCUUUUAGCCACCUACAGAUUUACUCCCAAACACUUCCUAUCAUAUUUAAACUUUACUUUAAGGAGUCUUUAUUUUUUUAAAAAAAUCUCAUAAUUGUACUUAAAUGUUUAGUGCUAAUGAGAUUGAUUUUUUUUAAAGAUUUCUUUCCCCUCCAAAAAAUUGUGUACUCGCGUGAACUGUCCCGUCAGUUACUUGUGCUUAUUAAUGUAGAUAGAACAUAGGGAAGCAUGUACACCCAAAAAUUGUUACAUCCCUCAAAAUGCGUAAAUGUCAAUUUCAAUUCUGCUUACUGCUUACAGCUGAAUAGCAUUGAUUAGUUAAUGCUAAGGACAUCACAGAGGACCAAAGUUUAUUGCAGAAAUGUUGCAGCUUCAGCAUCUGUUUCCUUGAAAUCUUAAAUACGUUUUCUUUAUCCUACUGUUCAAAGCUACUUUCAGUGGUGAGUAAGAUGGCUGUUGGAGUGCUACAUUUUCCUGGGAGAAAUACAUGAAUAACCUUGUGUAUUUGCAGGAAUAUUUGGAUGGCCAAAGCCAGAAGCCUAUGCCUGUGCCUGUCCCUCUUUCUCUGGAGCAAACUCUCUUACCAGCUGUACUCCCUUCAAGGUAGGACUGAGCUGCGGAGUUUGAGCAGCACUGAACAAGUUUAUAUCAGCCCAUGAUUCUGAGUCUUUGAAAUGUUCUCUUGUAGGCUUUGUUGAGCUGCAGCAGGUUGAAUUUAAACAAAUGUUAUCACAAGAUCAUAGUGGCCUGGUUCACGUGUCAUGCUAAGCCUGGCUUAGCAAAUGCUAAGGCUUACUGCAAACAAACCACAAGUUGUCCCACAGGCAAUCAAACAAUGGCUUGUUUCAUUAAAGAAGUUUCUUCCCAGCCUACCACUUUCUUGAGUGCCUCUGUGGAGAACUAGUACUGUCAUCAGUGCAUCCCUUUGCCAUUGCCUGCCUGCACAAACAGAGCAGGAGAUCUCAGAGCUUUUUGGUAAAUCUCAGCAGCUGCUGAGCCAUACCAGCUUCCCUUUCUUUCCCCUACUUAAAGGAACGCCAAGUGUUGAUGUUGUAAAGCUCCUUAAUCAUUUCUGCGCACGGUUCUGCUGAGAGAGGUUUCUUCUCCUCCUAUACUCAACACUGAAGCUGGUGUAGUAAUUUCCCUCCCUUAAGAGUCAAUGGAAGGAAUGUUUUUAAAGGGAAAAAGGCAUAGAAAGCCUCCCAUCAUCGCCUGUGUUCAAUUGGGCUUUUCCCCAGAUAAGUGGGGAUAGGAUUGCAGGCUUGGGUUUUAGCCAGCAAAGUUGGCCCAUUAGUGACUGGACUUCAGCUUGUGCAACUUGAGUUCCUGUCCCGCAUGCUGCCCAAAAUCUGUACCGGGAUUCCUCCAGUCCCCCGGAGCAGUUCGGGAAGCGUGAGAGGAAAGGGAGAAGUACCGUUGCACAAGAGGAAGCCUUUGCACUAAUGAGAUGAUUUUGUUGGAAGCAAUUCCAAGUCAUUAAUCUUCAGUAAUUCAUGCCUGUUAGGUACUGGAUUAUAAUAGGCAAAGUUGAUGGACUGAAAGCUUCUUUCUUGGUUUUUUGCAGCACCUGUUGCAAAAAUACACUCGUGUAUUAAAAGACGACAAGCUUGUGCAGACUUGCUGAUAUGAGAGAAAAGAUGUGUAUAAAUAAAUUUUGGUGCGUAGCUGUCAUCCCACCCUUAAUGUUGCAUCAUGAUGCCUUUGAGUUGUGAUACAAUCUUGGAGCUGCUGUAAGAGUCUAGAAUGUCUCUAGGCUAACAUGCAACGGCUUGAAGAUGCGAGUAGUUGUAGAAAGAUUCACCUGUAUGUGUGUGAGAGAACUGGGAGAGCACUAGUGUCAGACAGUAGUGGACAUAUCCUGUGGUUUGUUUUUACAUAUUGAUGCUUCUUGGAGCCUAAAGCAGCUUUCAGGUAGUUUUACAGGUGCCUCCCUUCUAAGCAUCUUACAAACAUGAUCUUAAGCGGUCAAAUAGUAUGAGGAAUUGUAGCCUACACUCAAAUACACAAGACAUCAUUACUGAAAUAUUUUUGUGCUUUGAGCCUACGAGAUGUAAUAAUUUAUCUUAGAACUGUAAGCCUAAAUCAUCUUUGUAUGUUUACUUUCUUUAGACCUAAUUAUGUGGUAGAAGAAGGUACAGGAGCUGCACUUCCUGAUUCCAGGGAUUUAUCCUGUGAACCAUUGAGAAGACAGUUAAUCGCUAACUUGGCAGAGCACGUAAUGUUCAGUAAGUAGCUGUUAAAGUUCAGAUAUGACUCUCUGCUUCCAUUAUGCUUUUAUAUAUGGCAGGGCAUUCCUCUUUCAGAACCCUGUGCCCUUGUUAUCAUAAAUUUUUUUUUUUACAUUUUAUCUUUUUCUUCGUUUUGAAGGGUCUUAUUUUGAAUGGGCCUCUUAGUAAGGUUUUUAUUUCAUCUGCUAGUCCUGAGGCAAGUAGUGACUUCCUUUUGCUAUGGUGGUUUACUUUUGUCUUUUGCAAUACUUUAAUAUAGGAAGCAACCCAGAUGUUGUGGGAACACCACACCUGAAUUACUUGUGAAUGGGUAAUGUGUAAAUAGAGUAACCCUGAAGAUAAUUAUCUACUUCAGAUACCUUAAAAAAAGAAAAGAAAUUGAGUGCACGCAUGCAUUGCAACCCUUUACAGGGGUACUCAGAUCCAUUCAGUUAAGUGGGGCUCACUGCCAGGUAAGUGGGCAUAGGAUUGUAGCCUAGGUAACCAGAGUUGUUAAAAAAACAAACACCUUAGUUCUGCCUGAUGUCUAUCAGUGCUGGAAAAAGAAAAUUAUACAAAUGUCCACAGUGAAGUUUAUACCACUGUGGAAAGGAGCUGUCAAUAGAGCCAAUUGUAUAUAUCAGGGUUGGGGAGCCUGUGACAUAGCCCUUUGCCUAAUUUCACUUGGUAAGAAGGGAAAAAAUGGAGUGUGGGGUGGGGUUGAAAAAAGAACUGGAGGAAGAGGAAUUGAGAAAAGCCCUCUGCAAGUGAUUGGUUAAGGCCUGGCAAGAGCAAUAGGUCCCUUUUCUGGCACCCCACCAGAAGGGUGGGGGGCAUAGAGUAUGAGGGGGGGGAGUGGUCCCAGCUCUUCUGGCCCUGCCCACCUCCAGCAGAUUAGCUUUGAGGGAAUGCAGCCCAAAGAAAAUGCUGCCUGCUCCUAGCUUUGAAACAUUUAAGUCACAGUUGAAGUUCAGUUGGCUUUCUUUCUGACCAGUCUCGUGCACUGUGCUGUUGAAUAUGUGAAGCCGUUCGGUAUAAAAUCACAAAAGAUUGCUGUUUGUGGUUCAUUGACGGCUAUCGUUUUUGUUCCAAGUUGCCUUCUACGCACUUCAGUUGCAUGACAAAAGUGCCUGCAUAGCUUUAUUUUGUUUUGUUUGCUUCUAGCUGCUAACAAGUCAUGUGCUGUGAUGUCAACACACAUUGUUGCCUGUUUGCUGCUCUACCGACACAGGCAGGUAAGGCUGCUGUGCUUCUGCGUCUCUGAACAUCUCUCUUGACGACAGCUUUUAAAUGUCAGGGAUGCUUAGCAUAUCCUGUAUCCUUGUAAUCCAUGUUGUAUCCUGCUCACCUCUAGGGUUGGAGGUGUCAAAACAUUCGCCCGAGUCCCAUGCAAACUGGGCAGCUAAUUAGGCUGUGGAUCCCAUUCUGUUGUUGUUGUUGUUUGAAUGUUCUGAAUUGGUCAUAGUCAUCUCAUGAAGAUCAAACUUGUUAGUAGUUACUGGAGGCCAGCAUUAUGUCAGCAGCACUAUGUGCACAGUUUCCUUUCUAGAUCCUCGUGCAUUUAGUGCAAAGGUCUGCAGGGGUUUCUAAACCUGAAGUUUCUAAAUCUUCCACAGAAUUUGUUUAGAACUCCCCCUGUAGAUCUUUUCAAGAAACAUGCAAUGACAGAGGGGCUUUCAAGUGCAUCCUGCCACAGUCCACAACUUUAGCCCUCAGAGCUUAAGUAUCCUGUAAAAAGGUAAAGGUAAAGGUCCCCUGCCAGUUAAGUUCAGUUGCGAACGACUCUGGGGUUGCAGCGCUCAUCUUGCUUUACUGGGAGCCGGCGUUUGUCCGCAGACAGUUUUUUCCAGGUCAUGUGGCCAGCAUGACUAAGCCGCUUCUGGCGAAACCGGAGCAGCACACAGAAAUGCUGUUUACCUUCCUGCCGGAAUGGUACCUAUUAAUCUACUUGCACUUUGAUGUGCUUUCGAACUGCUAGGUGGGCAGGAGCAGGGACCGAGCAAUGGGAGCUCACCCCGUUGUGGGGAUUUGAACUGCCGACCUUCCAAUCGGCAAGCCCUAGGCUCAGUGGUUUAGACCACAGCGCCACCCUACUGUUAAAUUUUGUACUACUCUAAUUUCUUUCACUUCUUAUCCUGUCUUGCACAGUAUAACAUCUAAUCUGCUCGUCCUACCUUUCCCUUAGACAUUAUGAGGGAGAAUGCAAUGCAUAUUCAGGGGUGACCCAGUGGAAAGGAGCAAUUCUCGUAGGAGAAAAUGCUAUUUGAAUAGUUUAAGAUUACGCAAAAGGUCAGCUUGUUGGCAUUUGUAACAGUGGCUCAGAUAUUUAAGGCUAACAAGUCAUUGUUACUUUUGUGGAGGCUGUUACAAAAAUGAUGAGUUGCUCAUAACCGGGGUGGAACACACCAUAUUGGUUCAGGGCAGUGGUUCUUAAGCAUUUCAGAAGGUGUAUUCAUUGGUGCUGUGGAAUCUAUCUGUAACUUCUUCAUUAAGCAUUGUUGCUGCAGUGUUUCUUGGAAAUUACUUUAAGCCAGGUGUGAAGAACCUUUGGCCUUCCAGAUGUUGCUGCGCUACAGCUCCAAUCAUCACUAGGCCAAAUGUUCCCCACUCCUGCUCUAUGCAGCCUCAAAUGUUUCUUUAACAUGGUGACACAGACUGGGUGUGACAGACUGGGUGUGACUGUAAGACUCAGUUUCUUGUAGUAAAGAUGUGACCAAAAAUUAAAAUAAAAAAUGCUGACAUGAAGUAUAUGCUAGAAUUGAGUCCAGUUCAUACAUAAUGUUGAGCUGAGAACUAUUUUGACCUUUUAUUUAUAUUUAUGAUAUGGAUAUGAUAGUAGAAUAGACUAGCCUAGUCUAAAUUAGCUGAAAAGGGUUUGGAAACAUCCCAAAGUGCCUAGACUAGGGCUCACUGAUACCUUGUCACUCAUAAAGGCUGUCACUGGUGCCUCUGGGCAGAUUUGCCAGACUCUAGCCCUCCCUGAAAGAAAGUUGUAGAGUGGGUGUCUCCUUACAGAUUUCUGUAAAAUGAGAGUGUGGUGUUGCCACUUUGUGUAUAUUUUUCCUGGCACUGAGGAAUGCUCCCUGCUGCUAUUACACAGCAAAAGUGUGUAUGCACAGUGUGUAUGCACAAAAUCAGUAUUGUGUGAUCUCCACAGUCAGGAGCAGGAGAACACAGCUGAUUUCCGAUAGUAAGCAUAAGGUUCUCUGGGAAGAUUGUGUUUCUAACUAUGUGUUACACCUGCUCUUCUAUUCGAAGCAUUUUGUGUGGUGCCACAACCUCCCACUAGCAACUAUUUUGUGACUGGAUCCCCCAGCACACUCUCAAAAUUUGAAAUGUGCUCCCAAGUCCAUAAAGGCUGGGGACACUCAGUCCUGGAAGGUUGGAGCCAAUUAGUAAUUCAAAUACACGGAUUUUGAAAACUGGAGGUAUAGAUAAUGGAGUUUUCCAUAAUCUUAAAAGGUAUUUUAUAAAAAAGAUGUACUGUCUUGGAUCUUUUGGUUGAUUUUCUGCAGGGAAUUGAUCUUUCCAAGCUGGUGGAAGAUUUUUUUUCCAUGAAGGAAGAGGUUCUGGCUCGGGACUAUGACUUGGGAUUUUCCGGGAAUUCCGAAGAUGUUGUCAUGCAUGCCAUCCAUUUGUUGGGGAACUGUAUAACUAUCACAAACACCAGCCGAAACAAUGAGUUCUUCAUCACACCCAGCACAUCCAUUCCUACUGUCUUUGAACUCAACUUCUACAGCAACGGGGUACUGCAUGUCUUCUUCAAAGAGGCCAUUGUUGGUAUGUUCCAAAGCCGAACUAAGAAAUUAUGAGUUCUGCACUUGAUAGAGCAAUGCCAACAUUUCAUAUACUGUAGUGAUUGCUGCUGCAAGGAUUAUUGAUGUAUUUAUCAUUUGAAAGGCAGUGUAGUGUCUUCUCAAGGCAGUGAAUAAUUUUAAAGGUGUGAAUAGCACAUUUUCUUCCUAGUUUCCUUCCCUCUUCUGCACAUUGUCCUAAUUUCAAAAUCUAUUGUAUUUUGAUCUUACUUUGCAAGAAUUGUGUGAUUUUUUUAUUGAAAAAUUACCAUUUUUCUAAUUGUUUGAAGCCGAUUUUGACUUGUUGAUUUGUUUUUAAAGGUAACUGUUUAUGUGUUUUUUUUCUUUUCACUUUAGCUUGUAGUCUCCAUGCUAUACAGAAUAAAAGGCAUAGAAAUGGCAUCAACGGAAUCCCACCAAACAUGAUCAGUCAGGAACAACUGGUCCGAAAAGCUGCCAGCUUGUGUUACUUGCUUUCCAAUGAAGGCACUAUUGCACUGGUAGGUUUGGGGUGUAGGAGUGUGUGUGUGUGUGUGUGUGUGUCUGUCAGAAACCAAUUGCUUUGCUGCUACUGCCACAUAUCGUUUAUACUGUGUUAAGGUGUUUAACGGCAAUUAGAGGUAUUUCUGAAUUCUUAAAACUUUGAAAACCUGAAAGGGAAAAUGAAAGCAGGAAAAUUCUAAGGCUCCUGGUAGUAAACAAAGAUAGUUUGACAGGUGUUGCACAAGGAAGCAAGCAGAAUUAUGAAAACAGCUGCAUAUGGUGGAAUAUAUACUUUGCUUUUUUUCUAGAAAGCUGGGGGCCGGUACUCGCCAUGAAGUGCCACACUUUUUAACAAGAGGUGCUGGUACUGUGUGCCCUAGAGUACCCCCUACCCUCUGAAAAAAAGCCCUGAGUAUAUAUGUGAAAUGUUAAGCUGAAUGCGUAGGAUGGAAGAAACUGGGAAGUGCAGUAUGGAAAAAAAACAGGAGAUUGCAUUAACAGUGAGCUCGUGUAUUUGAUGAACGAUAUACUUGUUUGGGGGUAAAAAGUGGCAGGGAAUGAGGACUUGAGAAUAAAGACUGUGUUUGGGUUAGAGUGGAUAUCAUAGCAGCAUAUUAUUGUUGUCGUGGCUUUGAUUCCAUGAAAUAGGAAAAUGCCAGAGAAAAUAUAAAAGCAAGACAGUCCUUGUAAAAAUAUCCACAACUCCCGCGCCCUCCGGCCCCCUCACCUCUUAAUUAUUUGGGGUACUUGGAGAGCUUGGGGUAAAAGAGGAAGAAAGAACUAUUCUAGAAAUAGAAGGGUCACCCAGGGGCAAGUCCUGCUUUCCACAGGCAAGCAAGUGACGAUUUGGAACAGGGCAGUUAAUGCCAGGGGCAGGGAGGGGGAAGAUAGGAUGGAUGAGCUUCUGUGAAUGAUUAACCUGACUUGUUCUCCUUAGCCCUGCCAGCUGUUAUGCCAAGUGUGUCAUGAAGCAAUUGAACAGUUCAUACAGUAUGGCAUUCUUUUGGUAGCGGAGGUAAGUUGCUGAUGGUUCGCAUUAUUCCAAUAUUUAAUAUCCUGCCUCUUGUCUCUGAGGACUGAUAACACAGAAGGAGGCAGCCUAGUGUUCCUGCACACCUACUUUUAGCAUCCUAAGCAGCUUGCUGGACCAAGGCCACAGUUAAACAGAUCCUAAUUUCACAUCUUCCUGAGUAUUUAUUGAUUUUUCAACUUGGAAUGCAAAAAGGGGGGAAGUUUAGCACACCCAUGUAUGCACAGAGUGCUUUUUAACUUAAAUUUAUUUUUAGUUCAGGUCCCAGGCAGCCAUUAAUAGAACCUAAUGGGGAAGUCAAGUGAAUUUUCAAAUCCUUCAGUGGGGUGGGCGAAUCUUCAGUUUCAGAUCUUAAUCAGGAUUUGAGGGGGGCGGGAAAUAAGCUUUUUAACCAAUAUAAUUCAGUGCAAACGUGUAACACCAUCAUCAUCACCAUCAUUUAUUACAAUUUAUAUCCUACCUCCCUUCAUCUCAAUUUAGAACUCUUUUGGGGAAGUAGUUCUAUAAAAGUACUAGUAAUGGUUCUCACUAUUUUUAAAAAGCAAAAGUCAGGAUCAAUCCUAAUAUUAGAAUAUGUUCUUCUCAACCUUGACAUAUGUCAGCAGUGAAAUUAGGCUGCAGUUCUUGCUCCCUGAAAGCCUCAUUGUAUGUAAUGGGACCUCUUUCUGAGCAGAUAUGUACAGGAUCACAUUGUUAGUGGGUCGUCAUCCCCCCUCCCCCUGGAGAAAAUUGUUAAAUGUGUCUUGUUACCUUUCGGUUUGGGUCAGAAUCCUAUCAAAUCAUUAGCCUGAUUCACUUCAUUUACGUUUCACACUGAUUCUUUUCCUCUUAUUGUGUGGCAUUGCCUUAUUAUAGAAUGUUCUUGUUUUUUCAUUAUGGUAGCUUUGUUAAUUUUCAUUGCAAAUGUUUUCAUCAAUGUCUUUUAAUCUAACAUUUGGCCCUCUAGAAGGCACUGUUCCCUUUGGUAUUGGUUCAUAGUUUUUCCCUUUCUGUUUUACUAACUGCGUUUGGAUGUCUGUAUCUGUGUGUGGGAAAUCUUGAGAAAAAUGGGGGAAGUGUUAUAAUAUAUUUUGUUCUGUUAUUUGUUAUGAUUAGUGGGGAAAAUUAUAUUCUCUUUUGUUGUGAUUAGUGAACUUGUUAUACUACGAGAUAUUUACUUUUGGGCUUUUAAAAGUGAUAUAAGAUCAUUGAGGUCUGCUACGUAUACUGUUUCUAACACCAGAUAAUGUACCUUAAUGUGCUACAGAAUAUCUUAAAACUUACCAAAGAUAGCAUAUCGGGAAGUGGCUGACUAGAUUUUGAAGAGGUGAUUGCAUUUUGCUCCAUUAAAACAGAGGCUGAUUUUAAUCAUAAUAAUCCAGUGUUGUAUGACUGGAACAGACUUCCAAUUGCACAACAGAAUUAUACCUUCCCGGUGGCUUGACUUCUCAAAUAUGAGGGCAACUUGUUCAUUUUAUAAAUGUGUUCAAUUGUCUUUUCUUUAAUAAAUCAGACAAAUGAGGGGGGGAAAAGGGAUUAUACUUUCCUUUGCCUCAUGUACACCCCUAAAAUCUGCUCCAGAGAUUACCUCCAAUCCUCUGCAGUGAAUUCUGAGAGUGUGCAAGAGAGGGGAAGAUUAAAUUCCAUGGUGCAAGCUGAACUCUGUUCCACUGGCAUACAGAAAGUACAGUCGUGCCUUGGUUUUCGAGUGUCUCGGAAGCUAAACGUUUCGGUUUUUGAAUGCCGAAAACGCAGAAGUAAUUGUUUCAGUUUUCAAACGCUUUUCGAAUGUCGAACAGUCUUCUGGAACAGAUUACGUUCGACAACUGAGGUACCACUGUAUUGAAUACAACUCAUGCUUGCAUGUGUUUCUGUUAUGUGGGAAUGGCCAUUUCAUUGUGAUAGACUUUUAUUUAUUUUGCCAAUGUAAACAAUAGAAAAUGAAUGCAGAGAUCAACUUACUGGUAGAUUCAUUUAGGUGUUGUUUUUUGUGUAUGUGCUACAAGUCUGAACAUACAUUCAUGAAAAUGACAAUUUAUGUCAGGUCUUUGGGCUCAUGCAUUCUAUAUAUUUGUGGUACUGUUCCUCUUUACUAAAUGAUUAAUAUUCUGCAAAAAAGGUCCAUCAAAGGCAGAUAAAUUUAGAUAAAUUUAGCAAACUAGAAAAACCAAAUAAGCAGUUUAGCUAAAACCAGUAGAAGCAACAAGAGGAGAGAUAUCUCUUCUACACUCUGAGGGCUCCUAAAUGCCCUUUGAAGCAGCACACCCGUUGCUUGUUGCAGGGAAACGAGAAUGCUUCCUCCCCGAGGCAGUAUUAUGAACGUCAUUGCUCGUAGUAUUUUAGUGCUUACUCAGUGGUUAAAUUCUCCAGAGUUCCUUUGGGUCUGAUACAGAAGUCUCUGGGAGCUGUAAUAUUCAAAGUUGUGUGGACUUGCUUUUGUGAAAACUAUUGUUAAGGGAAUUACUUUGAAGACUGUUGCUUUGGGCAUCUUUUUUGGAAAUUGAGAUCGCUUUAUAGGGGAAAUAAAGGCUUGCCUUCCCUUUGCUCCUUUGCCACUCUAUGGGCUCUAAAAAUCCACACAGUAGCUGCUCCAGGGCCACCAAAGUGAAAAAAUGGUUAAAAUGCAGUAGUUUUGGUGGGUGCCUGAUGCUUACUGCUUUGCAUUCGUCUAUUAAGCAGGAUGAGCAGGAGGAUAUUAGUCCUAGCCUUGCAGAGCAGCACUGGGAAAAGAAACUCCCAGAGCCAUUAUCUUGGAGGAGUGACGGGGAGGAUGAAGACAGUGACUUUGGCGAAGAACAACGAGAUUGCUACUUGAAGGUACUGCAUAGGCCGUAAGGGAACAUACUGUUCUGAAGUGCUUCAUAUUCAUAGCUGCGCUGCACAGAAUGAAUGAGGGAGUUUGAAACUCAGGCUUUGAAAAGGACCUAGCGGAUUUAUGAUGCCAUCUGUUUCUGUGGUCUACAGUCCAUCAUUGGGUUGUUCUGCAGCCGUGUUGAGCUUUUUGGCCUGCUGGGAUUUUUCCUACUUCUGCAAGUCCUUUGGGUUCCUCUAGCCAUCCCUCUGUCUUGUUUCUCAGUGCUUUGUUGUUGUUACAUAGCCAUCAUAAUUGAGCACCUCAGUUCACUAAGAUGUAUAUAGAGAAUGUGCACCCCUUGCUAUAUUGGUUAUGGAAUGGGAAAUAGAUCCAUUACAGCUUUGCUGCAAUAUUGCAUAAUGCUUCAGUUCUAAUGUUGUCAGAACUGGGCAGAGCAGUCCAAACCUAUGACAUGACCUGCUGUGGAGGGGGUUUGGAUGAACUGAAGGUGCCCGUCCUCCCAGCUCUAUUGGCAAGGAAGCCCCACCUACAAGAAAUGCCCCAGUGCAGACAGAAGCCACCACUGGAAAACCCGAAACAGAGCAGGGCUGGCAAAGACCUGCUGGCUCUUGAGCAGGCUCUGCUGUUAUUGCAGCCGUUGCUUCUCUUGCCGCCUCCUGCCUGGGCUGGUGCAAGAGACGGGACUGGAUGUUGGUAGCUUGAGUGACAUUUAUUUUUCCUUUCCUUUCUUACCUUGCAGGUGAGCCAGUCUCAGGAGCACCAGCAGUAUAUCACCUUCCUUCAGAAGCUACUAGGACCACUACUGGAGGCGUACAGUUCUGCUGCCAUCUUCAUACAUAACUUCAGCGGUCCUGUCAGGGAAUCGGAAUAUCUUCAAAAAUUACACAGAUACUUAAUAACACGAACAGAAAAGAACGUUGCAGUAUAUGGUAUGUCAAACGGCUGCUUUCUGUGGAGCAGCCUUCCCUGUCUUUCAAUAUAUUAUUAUCAAAGUUUCCUGUAUUCAGCCUGAUAUGUGUUUAUCUGCCUGCCUUUCCAUGUUUACAGCUGAGAGUGCCACCUAUUGCCUUGCAAAAAACGCAGUGAAAGUCUUUAAGGACAUGGGGGUAAGUGUUACGUUAGCUUCAGGCGCCUUACAGCGCAACUAAACUUACGUAUUCCUGUUAAUGAGACUUCCUUCAAUCUGUGUAUCGAGGGUUGUAAUCUUAGUCCUUAAAAAUGGAUAAUGUGAUGUGAUAUCGUAAUUUAACCUUUAUGUAGGCUAAAAGGUUGAGCACUAAGGCUCAAGAGAUUAGCCCAUUAUAUCCAAAUUGUAUUAUCCCAAUGUUCCUGUGGUAUAAGCAAGGUGCAUGUUGUUAGACAUAACUGAACAUGAACAGUAGUACUAAAUUCAUUGCUUGAGGAAAGUCUGUGCCCUAUGCAAAAGGGUAUGUGCAAAAAGAAAACCCCUGUAAUACUUUAUUUUUUCAUUAAAUAUUUUAUUUUUAAAUAUCUACAACCAAGUCCUACAACAAUCAAACUACACAUCUCUACACAUGUGCCCAUCCCCAUUGUACACCUUUCAAACAUUGAAUUUCUUCUUCCUUUACCACAUCAAUCAUGCUUUUGAAGUGCUACCCUUUUACUCAUUUAGAAAAAUGCUGCUAUGGACCUAUUUGAAAAUGAAAGUUUGACCUUCACAGCCUCUUCCUGCAUUUCCCACUUGUUGCUAGUACCCAAAUACCACAACAUCCUCCAGUGAUAUUCUAUCUAGAUGCCUGGUGAUAGCCACUGUCUCUGCCUCAGGAAGAGUACUCUUGCCUGCUACACACCUUGCUACAUUAAUAUAGAAACUGAGCAGCUACUUUCUAAUAUCAUCAGCACAAGAGUAAAGUAUCUCAUUUGAGGAUACAAUUAUUGCAGUCCUGCAUAAAUCCAUCCCCUGCAAUCCUCUCUCCAACUCACAAAAAGUAUGUGUGGGUCAUGGUGGGGAGAUGGCAAGAAUGUGUUAUGUUCUAGAUUGGUGUCCACACGUGUCCCAGGUCAGUGUGACAUGCAUUGUUAAAGGCAUGUGGCAGCCUGUUAUCCACCUACGAAGGGGUUCUGAGAAGGAUGUGAAUCAGUCCUGAAAAUCUUAAUGACUGGGCCACUCUGGACUUAAGAAAACACGCAGACAUGUUCUGAGUUCCUUUGGACUCUGUUGGUUUUCAACGUGGUUGAGUAGACUAGUGUGUUGUUCUGGAGUCUCUAAUAUUUAGAACGCUCCAACAAAAAGCAGUUUUGGUGCCACAUUUUGUUCCAGACAAAUCACACAAAUCACAGUCAUAGGCCUUGUCCUUUUUUCUCUCCCCCAUAUGGACACUCAGCAUAUUCCUUCUUUCAAUGAUAUUAAACUAUCUACCCAUUCUAUAAAUACAAGUUUGUAGUAUUGGUAUUUAUGGCAGAGGUGCAGCCAGCAUUACUGGUGGUCAGUGUUGAUGGGAUCUGCAGUCAGUUAACAGUUGGAAGGUCAUAGGUUUUCCACCCUGCCAUAAAUAUCCAAUACUCCACAACUUUUGAUGUUGAAUUACUCAUGUCUAAGAGCAUGACUAACAGAGCUUGCAUACAGUACUAGUUUUAAAGAUGUGUUGAAGAUGGGCUAGAUUCAGAUGAAGCUCAUUCACACAUUUUCGUUGUGGGUGCUUUUUCAUUUGCAAGAAUCAGUUGCAAGGGCUGUUACAAAUGGUGAGGUAUGUUUAUAGCCUUGCAGAUCAGGAAAGUUGUUGCAGCUGAUAUCUGUCAGCUGCUACACUGUUACUGCAGCAGUGGAUUACUUUUCUGAAUGGGAAAAGCAGCCCAAGAUAACAUGGCUGUAGGAGGAACAAUUUUGCUGAACAGCUUUGGUGUGAACUUUGCAAAUAUGUGGCGCUGCUGGAAGGUGUUAGUGAUGAAACACACUUUUACAUUUCCCUUUUAGGUAUUUAAGGAGACAAAGCAGAAGAGAGAUUCUAUUUUGGAGCUGAGCAGCACUUUUCUACCUCAUUGUAAUCGGCAAAAACUACUAGAAUUCAUUCUGGGAUUUGUUGUACUGUAG